ACUGCUUUUGCUUAGGUCUGCAUGAUACUGUUCCACCAGUGGAAAAACAUAAGCAUGAUGAGGGGUGUAGUUGGCAGACAGAAAUAUCUCAACAGACUACAUUCUCCUUUUAGCUUUCCACACUUGAAAGUGUGAGCAGCAUUUACUCUUCUGUAAAGCGACAGAAGCACAGACUUCCAGGAGAACUGACUUCACUUGAAGACUCCUUAUCCUUGCAAUCCUUGAGUUACGGAUGACGGCAGUUUAAUAGGAUAUUUCACAGAUUCAUUAAAAGAAAUCAUGAUGGGAUCCUUUUCAACUGUGAAUUAUAUCUGGAUAUAGCUCCAAAUGAAACGAGAAAUGGGGAACUCAGAAAGUCAGUACAGUGUUCAAGGGACACGAAGUCCAGGAGGAAGUCCCUUGUCAGAUGGCAAACAGAAGAGCUGCUCUUUGAAAAUUCAUAGCAUUCACGGAGAGGAAGAAAAGAACUGGCCUUCUCCUGGAUGGGGACGGACAAGCAGCAGUGCUAGCUACAAAUCUCGUUCCUUAGCAAGGACCUGUCUGUCUCAGUGUAAGAGUAAUCCACCGUAUUCAUCAAGACAUGGUGAUGUUGUGCUCAAAAGCUCUAAAAGUUGCACCCAUCACAAGCAAAGAGCUAAUCUAGCUGGUGAAUGUUGCCAGGCAAAUAACAACACAUAUAUACCAGACAACAGUUAUCAUUAUGUUGGUGUUGACACCCCAGUAGACCAUAGGGGAUGCAAUGGACAUAUUUUAAGCUGCUAUGAAAUUCAUGAUAGCAUGUCUGCUGCACUGCAAGCUGAAGAAAGGAAAAGCCCAAAGGUCUUGAUAAAAACACUUGGAAAACUGGAUGGUUGCCUCAGAGUUGAAUUCCACAACAGUGGGAAUGGUGUACCAUCUGAAGAGUCUGAUGGACCUGUUCAGCUACUUAGGUACUCGCCUGCAAUGGAAAUGAAGGAUAUGACCCACCGUGACCCUCGGAGAAAUUCUGGCAUGGAGUAUACUGCAAGCCAUGGUCUGUCAGUAAGUGAUUCUGGACUAAGAUCAAGCAAAGGGAGUUCAUUAAGUUCUGACUCUUCUUGGUAUGAUUGCCCGUGGGGAAACAAUAGAGACAUUAAUGACUUGGAUGGCUCAUACCUGACUAGGAGUUCCAUAGACACUAGUGUACAUGGAGGACUUACCCCAACUGAGAGUAGUAUACUUUUCCAUCAGAGAUCGUCUCUGUCUUCACUCCGUGAGUUAUACAAUUCUGAUUUGCACGGUGGGUUAACCCCAGGUCGACUUUCAGAUGAAUACAUAGGUGGCCAUCCUACUUUAAGCAACAGAGUUUCAUUUGCCUCAGAUAUUGAUGUUACAUCGAGAGUAGAACACAGAGGACCUUCUCAUUAUUCUUCAUACACUCUACCCUGCAGAAAAUCAAAGCCUUUAACAGAGGAUGCAUCAAAAAAAGAUACACUUAAAAGUCGAAUGAGGCGCAUUAGUGAUUGGACAGGUAGUCUUUCAAGGAAGAAGAGAAAGCUGCAGGAACCUAAAUGUAAGGAUGCAACUGAAUGUUUUGACAGUGGAAUUGAUGGCUUUACUGCAGAAACAAGCUCUCCUCCACAUCUCUCCAGCAUAUUGUGGUCUGGGGGCUCUGGGCCUCUUAUGCAGCCUAGAAAUGAACAUACUAGUGUUAUUGGCAGUGAUGCUGUAAGGCAGAACAUCUAUGAAAAUUUUAUGAGAGAACUGGAAUUAGAAAAAAACAAUGUGGAGGAAACUGCUACGUCAACAGGUACAGAAGAUUCAAGUAAUGACUCUCUCAGUUCAUUGGACCAACUUGACUUACUCUUUGAGAAAGAACAAGGAGUUGUUCGCAAGGCUGGAUGGCUAUUCUUCAAACCCCUUAUUACCCUUCAAAAGGAGAAGAAACUGGAGCUUGUAAACCGCAGAAAGUGGAAGCAAUACUGGGUGACACUUAAAGGUUGCACCUUGAUGUUUUAUGAGACCUAUGAGGGAAAUUCCACAGAGCAGAGUACUUCACCGAGAUAUGCUCUGUUUGCCGAAGAUAGCAUUGUGCAAUCGGUUCCUGAGCAUCCGAAAAAGGAAAAUGUCUUCUGUCUCAGCAAUUCCUUUGGAGAUGUUUACCUAUUUCAGGCCACCAGUCAAACAGAUCUAGAAAACUGGGUUACAGCAAUUCACUCUGCAUGUGCCUCACUUUUUGCCAAGAAGCAUGGGAAAGAAGACACAGUCAGGCUGCUAAAAAGUCAAACCAGAAGUCUUAUGCAAAAAGUUGACAUGGACAGUAAAAUGAAGAAGAUGGCAGAGUUACAACUUUCUAUAGUUAGUGACCCGAAGAAUAGAAAAGCAAUAGAAAACCAGAUUCAACAGUGGGAACAGAAUUUGGAAAAGUUUAAUAUGGAUCUCUUCCGUAUGCGCUGCUAUUUAUCCAGCCUGCAAGGAGGGGAGCUGCCAAACCCUAAAAGUUUACUAGCAGCUGCUGGAAGACCAUCAAAACUGGCACUGGGAAGGCUGGGUAUAUUUUCAGUCUCCUCAUUCCAUGCGUUGAUUUGCUCUCGAGACGAGUCUGCUUUUCGGAAACGGACAUUUUCUCUGUCACAUAAAGUACAGAUAAAGAAGAGUUUGUUUUCUUCCCUUAAAGGACUGGAUACCCUGGCAAGAAGGGGGAAAGAGAAACGACCUUCUAUAACCCAGGUUUUUGAUACUAAUGGGAGCCAAUCAGGUCCUGGAACACAGAUUCCAUCUAAUUUAGGCGGCUCCAACGAGCACGUUGAAGACUUGGUGGCUGUCUAUAACUCAGUCCCAGAAGUUGUCCCGAAAGAAAGUUCUUGGGAAAUCCCAUUAUUUGUCCACUUCUACGAUGGGCAUGGUGUUACAGUGAAUCUCAGACCGGAACACAGAGUGGAAGACAUCUUAGACUUUGCGUGUAAAGUUCGACAAUUGGACCCUGGCUUUUUUGGAUUGCAUCUAAGAAGAAAUGUUGGAGAAAAUGUUGAGUAUUAUGUCCCUUCACCAAUGGACUAUAUACAAGAUCAGGUGUUUGAUGAGCUAGAAAUAUUCCCUUUGGGCAUUUACAAUGUGCAUCUUGUCAAGUCCGGAGGAGAAACUGAUUUUGGUUUUGCGGUUGCUGCUCAGGUUGAUGAUCACAACAGUCUUACUCACAUCUAUGUAAGUUAUGUUCACCCUGACGGACUGGCCUACAGAGAAGGCCUUCGCACAAAAAAUGAAAUUCUCUUUAUUAAUGGAGAAUCGGUUACAGACCUUGAUCUAAGGAAAAUGGAGUUUUUAUUCUCUGAGAGGAGUGUCUUGCUGUCGUUGAGGUCUUGUCACGCUGAUGUCAAACCAUCACUAACCUCACCCUGGCCAGAAAAUUACAUUUGCAAAGAUCAGAUGAGACCUGUACCACCAAUGAACCAGUCACAGCUCCUAGAAGAAUUCCUGAAUACUUUCCGUAGGAAUUCAAUGAAAGAUUUAAGCAAUGUACCUGAUGUCACCAUUAGCACUUUGAAAAGGAGCAGCACGGAUGAUGCUUUAGAUCAGGCUCAGUGCAGGCCACGGAUUGAUCAAACCUAUAAGAGUGCUGAUCAAAUCUCAGCAUUGUGUCGAAGCAUGCAGGAAGUCAAUCAGGACAUGAUGGAUGGGCGAAAUGACAGCCCAGACCCUCCAAGGAGACCAUUAGCUCGGCACUUAUCGGAUGCAGAUAGGCUUCGGAAGGUCAUACAAGAACUAGUUGAUACAGAAAAAUCCUAUGUUAAGGAUUUAAGUUGUCUUUUUGAAUUGUACUUGGAGCCAUUGCAAAAUAAAACUUUCCUUACCCAGGAUGAGAUGGAUUCUUUGUUUGGCAGUCUGCCUGAAAUGCUUGAUUUCCAGAAGAUAUUCCUCCAAACCUUGGAAGAUGGCAUUUCAGGUUCUCCUGACUUCAACAUACUUGAGACUCCAUCGCAGUUUCGAAAAUUGCUGUUUUCUCUGGGAGGAUCUUUUCUUUAUUAUGCAGAUCACUUCAAACUGUACAGCGGAUUCUGUGCAAACCAUAUAAAAGUGCAAAAAGUUCUUGAAAGAGCUAGAACAGAUCCAGCUUUUAAGGAAUUUUUGGAUGCCAGAAACCCCACAAAGCAGCAUUCGUCUACCUUAGAGUCAUAUCUGAUCAAACCGGUGCAGAGGGUUUUGAAAUACCCACUGUUGUUGAAAGAACUGGUGUCAUUGACAGACAAUGAAAGUGAAGAACAUUAUCACCUGACAGAAGCACUAAAGGCUAUGGAGAAGGUAGCCAGUCAUAUUAACGAAAUGCAGAAAAUCUAUGAAGACUAUGGAACAGUGUUUGAUCAGUUGGUAGCAGAGCAGAGUGGGACAGAGAAAGAGGUCACAGAGCUCUCUAUGGGGGAACUUUUGGUAUAUUCUACAGUUACCUGGCUUAAUAUCUUCCCUUCUCUUGGCAAAACAAGAAAAGACCUUGAGCUGACCGUAUUUGUGUUUAGAAGGGCCAUCAUUCUCGUGCACAAAGAAAACUUCAAGUUGAAAAAGAAAACGAGUCAGAAUACACGAAGCUCUCAAACCUAUAGUGAUAUUGAUCAGUUUAAAUUCCGUUGGCUGAUUCCUUUGUCUGCAGUUCAAGUGAGAAUGGGAAAUGCUGCCGGUGCAGAAAACAACUGCUUGUGGGAACUUAUCCAUACAAAAUCUGAACUCCAAGGGAGGCCAGAAACAAUUUUUCAGCUCUGUAGUAGUGAUUGUGAAAGUAAGACCAGCACAAUUAAAGUGAUCCGUUCAAUACUGAGAGAAAACCUAAGGCGGAACAUUAAGUGUGACUUGCCUCUGGAGAAGCCCAAUAAAGAUCGACUGGGUCCGUUAAGAAACAGAGUUCCAAUGUCGGCAAAAUUAGCAUCAACAAGGUCCUUAAAAGUGCUGAAGCACAGUUCUAGUACAGAUUGGAUCAACAGUACAAGGGACAAGGGGAAUGGAUUGGAUUCAGAUGAUGGCAGUCUAAGCAGCGGUACACAAAGUAGUGGUUGUCCAACAAUAGAAAGCUUACAGGAAUCCAAAAAUCUGUCUCCAGUCAAGCACCUAAAAAAGAAUCUUGCAGCCCUACCAAAUACAACAGUAAAGGAAUCGGACAUUCUUAGUGAUGAUGAUGAUGAUUACAGGUUGUCAAAUGUGACAACCAGCUCAACAAGUAUGAGAAACAGCCCGAAUCAAGGAAUUGAAGUACACUUCCAGAACCUUAAUAUUUCUGAACAUUCCAAAACUGAGCCAAAAUAUGUGGAGCCCAAAAUGAUUGAUGUAGAAGGUAACUUCCAGCAUGAGGAACACCCAAAACUUGUACGGGGCCAUUUCUGUCCAAUUAAACGAAAGGUUACCAGCGGAAAACGGGAAAAGGGGAUUAUACAAGCCAUGAAGGACCACCAACAAUCCCUUGACAGCCAUUCUGAUUCUGCAAAUAUUGACCUGAAUGCCAUCCUGGAGAGGGAAUUCAGCAUUCAGAGUCUAACGUCUGUAGUAAAUGAAGACUGCUUUUAUGAAACUGUUGGGAAAUGUGGAAAGUCUUAGCUCCUUUAAUUAGGUAGGAAAUCCCAGCUUGUGUACAUUUUAUGUAAUAUAGCAAUUACAUGGAUAUUGGUCUCAAAAUAACAGAAGCAUUGAACUGAAGAAAUCUGGGAUUUUCUUGUUUCUUUGGCAAGCUACACGUGGACUAGAAAUCUAUUAAAAACUACUUACUGUAUCUGUUGAAUUUUAUGUUGUGCACUACUUCAUGUUGCCAUAUAAGUUAUUUUUUAUUUAUUGUGAAUUGGAAAAAUAAAGCUGACCAAAUUCAAAACUUUUUGAAAGGAUAUCAAUAUCAUUUGAUUCUAGAAUGUGUAAAAUGGUGAUGUAUGUAAUAUUACAUUACACAGGUGACCAAUGAGAUGGUAGUUAUAUUUUUGCAUAAAGCGGUUGUGGGCACAAUAAAAAAAACAAAAAAACAAAAAAAAACUCAAGGCUGGUUACACUACAUAAUUAACAUAAAUCUGAGAAAUUAAUUAUGCUCGUAUGGGCGAUCAGUGACCAGAGGUUUAGGGCAUUUUUUUAAGGCUAUUUUUGUGUUUUGUGCACCAAACUGCAGACAUUUAAUUUUGUACCCCACAAUAUGGUUUAUAAAAAAAUAAAGAUUAAAAAAAACUAUAAAUAUCAAUGUAUAAAAAGAAAAUCCUGUACUGUAAUAUUUUGUUUGUAUUUUAUCUUGUACAGUAAAAUUAGUUGUUGCCCUAAAAUAUUGUUGGAUGUUUAUAAUUGGUGCAGGAUCAUUAUUCUUUAUGCUAUUUAUGAGUUUUUGCUAUUUUACUCUCUGAACAGCAACCUCUUCCAGGUACCGUAUUUCUGUCUAAAAGCAGCAAAUGCAGAAAAUGGGUAAAAGCCUUCCUCCAAACGUUUUGGUAAAACACCAUGACCCUGAUAUCUUCAGAAUUUUGGCUCCAAAAAGUCACAAAAUGGGGCUUACGUAAAAAAAUGUGGGAAUUUUUACACCACUCACUCAUUUUGAAAUGGAAAAGUGGGUGUGGUUAGCUAUAUUAAUACGUUUUGAGGCUUAUGCACCAUGGUUUAUGUCCGCAUCGGUUCUGCAUUUUUUACGGCUCAAAUGCAGACCAAUUCACUUCAGUGGGGCCGCAAAAGAUGCAGACCGCACACCAUAUUCUGUCUGUGUCCUUAUGUCUGUUCCAAGGCCCCGCUAAAAAAAUAAAAUGUACGUGUCCUAUUCUUGGCUCUUUUGCGGUCAAGGAUAGGGCAUUGUGAAGGAGUGAAAAAAAUAAAUGGCUGCAGGCUCUCGGCUAGUAUCUGUUUUGCGGAUCUGCAUUUUGCGGACCUCCAAAAAUGGCUAUGGCCAUGUGCAUGAGCCCUUAACUCCAGCUUUUAUCACUGAAACUUUUUGGAAAAGUCACAAUCGCACUCCAGUAGGAGAA